AUGCCAGAGUCACUCCACUCCAGGGCUGUCGCCAAAAAAUCUUUGCUGCUGUGGCGCAGGGCAUGCAGGAUACACCGAACGAGCUCCGGACGACGUUGCCUCUUUCCUCAGCUUCGCCUACUCGUGUUGGUGACAGACCAAUUUAUAAAUGACCUGUCGACGAUGUUGUUUGUUCCUUCGAGAUCUCGAUCUAUAUAUCUGGACAGGGCAGUCAGUCUCUUUUCAUCUUCUUACUUGUACGGCAAGCUAGCCGUGGCUUGUCCGGGGUGCUGA